AUGGCAGCGCAAGAAGAGAAGUUAUUCGGUUGCGUAGACCCAGUUACGCAUAUCGUUGGAUGGGAUGGACCAGAUGAUCCCCAUAAUCCGAUGAACUUUCCCAGAUCAAAGAAAUGGAGGAUCACGAUGGUUACUGCCUUGAUCACUUUCGUGGUCAGUUUCGCAAGCAGUGUGUUUUCGACAGCUACUACCGUUACUGCAUUGGAGUUUGAUGUUAGCCUGGAGGUCAUGAUUCUAGGUGUCAGUUUAUACGUGCUUGGAUUUGCAUUUGGUCCGCUCUUCUGGGGCCCCUUAUCCGAAGUAUAUGGACGAACACGUCCCAUCUUCAUAGGUUUCUUCAUCUUCUCACUCUUCAACAUACCCGUAGCCUUAGCCCAAAACGUCUACACCAUUAUGAUCUGUCGAUUCCUCGCUGGCAGCUUUGGAGCCGCACCCAUUUCCAUCGUUGGAGGCACCUAUGUCGACUUCUGGGAUGCACUAGACCGCGGAAUUGCUACAGCCGGUUUCGCAGGAGCUACUUUCCUGGGUCCCAUAGCAGGUCCUAUCGUAGGAGAGUUCAUCACGAAGAGCUAUCUCGGAUGGAGAUGGACGGCUUGGAUCACGCUGAUCAUGGCCGCAUUCUUUGGUGUGAUUGGGCUCUUCACUUUCCCAGAGACGUAUGCACCAGUUCUGCUGAAGAGAAAAGCGGAGAAAAUGAGGCACGAGACGAAGAAUUGGGCUAUUCAUGCUCAAUUGGAUGAGCAGCCUAUUCAUUUGAAGUCAUUAUUUGAGAAGUACUUCUCCAAGCCAUGGAUUAUGCUCGCACAAGAACCUAUUCUCAUGGCAAUGACCCUCCACUCCUCCCUCGUCUACUCCAUCCUCUACCUAAUCUUCUUCGCCUACCCAUACUCCUUCCAACAAGUCCGCGGCUGGGAAACCGGCAUCAGCUCGCUCCCCUUCCUCGGCCUCUUCCUCGGCAUCAUCCUCUGCUGCAUCUACAUCGCCGUCGACACCCGCCUCCGCUUCAACCCCAUGCUCCUCGCCUCCAAAAAGCCCUUCAUCCCCGAAGCCCGCCUACCUCCCAUGAUCGUCGGCGCCAUCUUUCUGCCUAUCGGCCUCUUCUGGUUCGCCUGGACCUCGAACCCGCACAUCCACUGGGCGCCCCAGGUCGUGUCGGGCAUCUUCACCGGGUGCGGCAUCUUUCUGGUGUUUUUGCCCAGUCAGAUAUAUGUCGUGGAUACGUAUCUGCUGAAUGCGAAUUCGGCGUUGGCGGCGAUGGCGUGUGCGAGGGCGCUCAUGGCUGCGGGAUUCCCGCUGUUCGCGACGUAUAUGUAUGUCAACUUGGGGGUGGAUUGGGCGACCAGUUUGUUGGCCUUUUUGUCGUUGGCUAUGGUGCCGUUUCCGAUUCUGUUUUGGAAGUAUGGGGAGAAGUUGAGGAUGAAGGGGAAGUUUGCUUUUGCUUUGUAA